CCAGUCAAAGAGUUACUAUCUAUCCAACUCUAUAUGGAUGCAGAAAAUCUCACUUAUUUUAAUUUAUCUUGCUUGGAAAAAGUUGAAAAUUGUUCUCAUUCAACAAUUUAUGAAGUAUCUUACAUACCACCCUUAUGGCAACAAUUCUGUUGGGGUAUUAUUUUUGGUUUAAUGGUAAUUGUAGCGACUAUAGGUAAUGCUAUUGUUAUAUGGAUUAUUUUAGCUCAUCGUAAGAUGAGGACUGUUACUAAUUAUUUUCUUUUGAAUUUAUCUAUAACUGAUCUACUCAUUGCUACUUUCAAUGUCGUUUUUAACUUUAUAUAUAUGUUAAGAAGUCAUUGGCCAUUCGGAAUGACUUAUUGUGUUAUUAGUAAUUUUAUUGCUAAUUUAUCUGUAUCUACGUCAGUGUUCACUAUGUCAGCUAUGAGUGUAGACAGAUUUUUUGCAGUGGUACGUCCUUUGAAACCAAGACCACAAAAGAGACGAAUAUUAAUCGUUAUCGUGAUUAUUUGGAGUUCGGGGAUUCUCUUAUCUUCUCCAACACUUAUCUAUUCUACUACCGAGACAUAUAUUUUACCUACAGGCACGAGAACCUUAUGCUUCUUGAUUUGGCCAGAUGGAUACAGCUCACUUUCUAUCACUGAUUAUGUCUACAAUAUAAUUUUCUUAUUCGUAACAUAUGUAGUUCCCAUGAUAUUUAUGAUCGUCACUUAUACAUGGAUGGGCCAAAAUCUAUGGGGAAAUAAAGGUAUAGGUGAACUGACAGUUCCUCAACUAGAAGCAGUAAAAUCUAAGCAAAGGGUUGUGAAGAUGUUUAUUGUUGUAGUUCUGCUUUUCGCAGUUUGUUGGCUACCUUAUCACGUGUACUUUCUUUACGCUUAUCAUCAUAAAGAUUUUCAAUAUACACCGUAUGUGCAGCCUAUUUACUUAAGUAUUUAUUGGUUGGCAAUGUCAAAUUCAAUGUAUAAUCCUAUUGUAUACUAUUGGAUGAACAAAAGAUUCAGAAAUUAUUUUCGAGUGGUUUUAUGUUUCUGCAAGAAAGAAAAAGGAUUAGGGAAAAAACAUCAGUCUUCAGAGAAUACGACAAAAACAUUAUUCAAUGGACAAAAAUCGAAUGUUGACCUUUCAAAUCGAUAUAAAAGUAGAAAAAUUCGCAAUGAUGAUAAUUGUAAUAAUGUUGGAACAUUUACAAAAAUUUAAUUUAAUUUUUUUCAUUUAAUAUGGUGCUUUUUUUGUUCUUGGUGCUCUGAAAUAAACGAUAUUUUUGAAU